AUAUAAUAGUUUGCUUGUUACUAGUUAAUUAGUUAUUAAUAAAUAGGAGGACGUGAACAUUAAACGUACGUUUUUAUUAUACUUACGGAGUUUUUACAGUUAAUUUGAAAAAAUGUCUAUUCUAAGAAUUGAUACUAAUGUUUCACAUUUGGACAUUGAUGACGCAUUUUUAGUGGAAAGUACAGAAGCUCUUGCUAAAACUUUAAAAAAACCAAAAUCUGAAAUUUUAGUAUUUGUUAAUGGAAACCAACCUAUUCUUAUUGCUGGUUCUGAUGAACCAGCAAUAAUUGUAUCAUUACUCAGCGUAGGUGGUAUAAAUGAAAUUGAUAACAAACUCCACUCGGCUGCAUUGUUUUCAUUAAUAACAAAAUACCUAAAAAUAAAUGAAAAUAGAAUUACAAUUGCAUUCAGUCCAAUUGAACCACAUGCCAUGGGACACAAUGGAAAAAUGGUGGUUCAAUAAAACUUAAUUAUUCAUAUUGUAUAAGCUAUAAACUAUUUUUUUUAAAUAUUAUUGAUCAAAAAAAUUGGUUGUAUUUCAAAAGGAGUUAUUAUGACAAAGUAAUAUAUAAAAAAUAAAUAUUUAAGUACAUUAUGAUGUAAUAUUAUAUUAUAAUAAAACAAAAUUCUAUCAAUUUAAA